UUGCGCAGAAGAGACACCCCGGGCGUUUUAUUUCGGGCACCGAGCAUUUCUACCCGGAGACAGGACCACAGGCCGGAAGAGGAUGGCGACGGCCGCUCUGAAGCGGAUCUGGACCCGAGGUCGUGGAGGAGCAGGCGGAGAGGGGGGUACGGCGGCGGCUGCGAAGCCGGGUGUGUGGGCACGACUCGGCGCCUGGACGCGCGCGCUGCUCCGGGACUACGCCGAGGCCUGCAGGGACGCGGCGGCGGCGGCGCGGGCCCCGGACCUGGGGCUCUGCGCGCUCGUGUACGAGGCGCCCUUCGACGCCCAGGCCAGCCUCUACCAGGCCCGCUGCCGCCACCUGCAGCCCCGCUGGCUCGACUUCCCCGGCCGCGUGCUGGACGUGGGCUUCGCGGGCCGCUGGUGGGUCCUGGGCGCGCGCAUGCGCGACUGCGACGUGAACCACGCCGAGUUCCUGCGCCUGCCGCCGCACCUGCGCGUGGUCCGCGCGCGCCAGCUGCGCUCCGAGGCCAACGAGCGGCUCUUCGAGGAGAAGUUCCGCGCCGUCGUGCUCACCGACGACCAGGUGGACCAGGCGCUGUGGGAGGAGCAGGUGCUGCAGAAGGAGCGGAAGGACAGGCUGGCCCGGAGCCAGGCCGAGGCGCCGGCGCGGCCCGAGGUCGCCGGCUGAAGCCGCCUCCCUGCCCCGCUCGCCCGUGUUGGCCAAGUCACGUUCGGAGCCCGCUCGCUUUAGGAGCUGCGGGGGGCUGAGCGCGGGCCCGCGCGGGGCUCGUCUCCGUCCGCGCGGCCGAGAACCCCUGCGUGUUGCACAUUUGCCGCUCAGUGGUAGAGCGCUUGCCUGGCAGCUGGGACACUUUUCCAUCCCCAGCAUGGUGAGAACAGAGCAGAAAUACGCGGGUCUUUCUCCUGGCCCACGUGGCCACCCUGGUGGAGAAGUACUGCGUUGGUCAGGUGACUCCCAAGCCACUCCGUAAAACCAUUUGGUUUCUUUUUUUUUUUUUUUGGUCUUUUUGAGACAGGGUCUUGCUUCAC